CAGGAAAGACAGCCAUUUUGCACCGUCCCUCUUCCACCCAGAAAGUAGGUUGUCGUGGGAAGACGUAAUCAAAGAAAACGACUAACUCUCAAAUCCCACUACACAAUCAUUCCCCUGUGUCAGCACACCAUACCUACUCAGUUACCUCCGUUUGCAAAAGGGGGCAUCGAGGAUUGACGGGAGCAACACUUCAGAAAAGCAAGGCCACAGAGAGGCGUUUGACAAAGGCACUGGAUGGAUAGCAUCGACGCUGAAGCCCUCUACCUGACCACAGCGCAGCACGGGCAACCUCAAUGCGAGCUUUCCCUUCCUGCUGUGGAAGUACCUGCCCUUGGCGGAACCAAGAAGAUGAAUGGGUCUCUGGACCACCCAGACCAGCCUGACAUUGAUGCUAUAAAGAUGUUUGUGGGUCAGGUCCCUCGGACGUGGUCAGAGGAUCAGCUGCGUGAGCUGUUUGAGCCCUAUGGUGCAGUUUAUGAAAUCAAUAUUCUUCGGGACAGGAGUCAGAACCCCCCACAGAGUAAAGGUUGUUGUUUUGUCACAUAUUACAACCGUAAAUCUGCAUUAGAAGCACAAAAUGCCCUUCACAACAUGAAGAUUCUUCCAGGGAUGCAUCAUCCCAUACAGAUGAAGCCUGCAGACAGUGAGAAAAACAAUGCGAUAGAAGAUAGAAAGCUGUUUGUUGGAAUGAUUUCAAAGAAGUGCAAUGAGAAUGACUUAAGGCUCAUGUUUUCUCCAUACGGUCAAAUUGAGGAGUGCCGCAUACUGAGAGGCCCUGAUGGACUGAGCCGUGGCUGUGCCUUCAUCACAUUCACAGCGAGACAGAUGGCCCAGUCUGCCAUCAAAUCCAUGCACCAGGCACAGACCAUGGAGGGCUGUUCUUCUCCCAUCGUGGUGAAGUUUGCAGACACUCAGAAGGAUAAAGAACAGAAACGUAUCGCCCAGCAGCUGCAGCAACAGAUGCAACAGCUCAAUGCUGCCUCUAUGUGGGGAAAUCUUACAGGACUGAACUCACUUGGGCCACAGUACCUUGCACUUUAUUUGCAGCUUCUACAACAGUCUGCAUCCUCUGGAAAUGCGCUCAACAAUCUCCAUCCAAUGUCAGGUCUGAAUGCCAUGCAGAAUCUGGCUGCAUUAGCUGCAGCAGCGAGUGCUACACAGGCCACCCCCACAGGUAGCAGUGCUCUGACCACCUCCAGCUCCCCCCUCAGCGUCCUCACCAGCUCAGGUACGCCCUCCGGACAGCCUGCUCAAUCUGCCUGGGACGCCUACAAGGCGGGUUCCUCUCCCACCUCCAGUACUAGUUCUUCUGUGAACCCCAUGGCAUCUUUAGGUGCUCUUCAGUCUCUUGCUGCGGGCGCUGGAGCAGGUCUCAACAUGAGCUCCCUAGCAAGCAUGGCUGCUCUGAAUGGUGGUCUGGGCAGCGGAGGUCUCUCGAACGGCUCGGGCAGUGCUAUGGAAGCUCUGACUCAGGCAGCCUAUUCUGGGAUCCAGCAAUAUGCCGCUGCCGCUCUGCCCAGCCUCUACAGUCAGAGUUUACUGUCCCAGCAGAACGUUAGUGCUGCUGGCAGCCAGAGGGAAGCAAGUCCCAAUCAGAGCGCGGGCCCUGAAGGAGCAAACUUGUUCAUCUACCAUCUGCCACAAGAGUUUGGUGAUCAGGAUUUGCUACAGAUGUUUAUGCCUUUCGGCAGUGUUAUCUCUGCCAAGGUCUUUAUUGACAAACAGACCAACCUUAGCAAGUGUUUUGGCUUUGUUAGUUAUGACAAUCCAGUUUCGUCCCAGGCAGCCAUUCAGUCAAUGAACGGUUUUCAGAUUGGAAUGAAGCGACUGAAGGUGCAACUUAAGCGAUCCAAAAAUGACAGCAAGCCAUACUGAGUCAUUUUACUCUCAAAUGGACUUGGUUUAAAAAAGUUUUUCUGAUAUCUUCGUGCCGUUUGUCAUCGUUUGCCUAGCAUGUCGAUGUGACGUCAAAAGUUCAUCGUCCAGUCCGUUGUCCUCUUCGCUUCUCUGACGCUUGAAAUUUCACACUUGACCUUUUUGUUAACUUUUGACGCUUAUUGAUUACUUAUUUUGUUUGUUUCUUUGUGUGAUGUUCAUUUGUCAUUUGUGCUGCCAAUAGAGAGCGUUAGAAAGACUGCUAAAAGUGUAAAAAGUUUCAUGAAAAUUGUUCUGAGCAAAGAGUCUAUUUUUCUAGAACGUACAAAUAUAACCACUAGAUUUUUGCAGAAGUUUUUAAUUUUCGUUUCAUUUUUCCGAUUUUUUUCUGUAUUGAUUUUUAUCGUUUAAGCAGUCUUCCUAACGCUUCUAAUUGUACUCCUUUUUGAUUGUUUUUCUUCUCAAAGCAGCCAUUCAGUUUAUAGAAUCACUUGUGUGUUCAAAGUGUUGGGUGUGUUUCCCUCUUUCUCUCACUUGUUAGUUCUAAAACUUUUAGAGGAUGUUUUCGUCACAUUUUGCUGAAAUCGAGGAUAAACUUUGUAAUUUUGUGUUAGGUUAGUUGGCAUGAUGUAAUUUUGGGAGUUUCUAUUAACAGAGUGACAUUACAAUAGACACUUGAAUUGCCUUUUUUCUUUGUGUCGAGCCAACACAGGCACGUGUUUUUCAUUUCCUUAUUGUGUGAAAAUCAGGAUUAGUCUGAAAUAAUGCAUAGAAUGAGCAGUUGAAUUUCUUGUCACAGGUAAAUAUUAAGCAUGCGUGUUUUUUUUUGUAAGUGCACUGAAAUCCUCAGCAAAAUGUGAUCUAGUUCUGUUUCAAAAAGUCAAGAUGAAUAAAGUGGUGCCAAAAGUUUCGCAUGUUGCUGUUGGUUACAUUUUCAGUAUGUUUCACAUCAUGCUUAUGGCUCCUGCUACAAUGACAUGUGGUCUCAUUUUGAUAGUUAAGUUUAAGAUUUAAAAAACAAUACAAUGUGUGUUUAGGUUAUGGGUUAGAGUGUUUUAACUAUGUAUUGUUAUAAAAAUUGAAGUGUGUUUCAAAUGAGUCCUUAGGUAUAAAUUGAUUGUGCCUACAACAGCAAAAACAUAUGCUCUUCUUGAGAUGUUGUUCAGUUAAUGAAAAUGUGUUACAACCAUACAGUUGGUUUGUUUUACAGAGCUUGCAAGCGUUUUUUUCCCUUUCCCAUUCUGACUUCUAUAUCAGUUGUGAAGUUCUGGACUGACUGGUAGAGCUCAACUGAAGCUUCGCCCUCUUAGCCUUUCAUUUAAAGGCAUGUCUCCAUGAAUGAAGAGCUACAUUUGGAAGUCUUUUCUUUUUAAAGAUGUAUUCUGACAGACUAAUCUAAUUGGGGGUUGAGGUGGUUGUUUUCUAUUUAGAUUUUAAGCUGCUGUUUUGUGAGUUUAAAUGUACUCUGAGAAAUUUUCCUGUGGGAUGUUUGUCAUUACUGGUACAGAGUGAUUGUAUUUAACAUUUAAGAUUUGUACAGAUUUUGCCUUUUCUACUUCAUAAGCUGUUUCACAAUGUAAAUCCCAGUAAGUAGAAGCAUGUAAGACAGUAACACCAUGACCAAACAUCAACCUGUACAAAGUAACCAAACAAAUGCAAACUCCACAAAACAGCCUUUAACUGAAUUGUAUUUUUUUUUUUUAAGUUUUGUCAUUCAAUUUGUGUGGUUCUCAUUGGAAGUGUAGCGAGUGCAGAAUUUAUUAAAUGUCUGAAAUGUGUUGUAUAAGGUUAAGGAUUUCAUGCUACUGUCUACAGAAAUAUAGCAAAAUGGACACCCAUGAAGCAGUCAUCUGGUAGUUUCUUUAUGUAUGAUUAAACUGUUUGAAAACAUUCA